AUGCCUACCCCUAGGAGGGAUGAGCGAGUCCCGAGGGACCCUGACUGUGAUGCUUUUGUUUUCUAUGACAUCACCUGUCCAGACCCUGCUUCUCCCUUAGGUCCCUCGGGGGCUGUGCACAGCCCCAUUUGUCCUCAUGAGCCUGUCAGUGAUGUCCUUGCAUUGCCCAUUUUUAAACAAGAAGAGUCAAGUUUGCCACCUGAUAAUGAGAAUAAAAUCCUACCUUUCCAGUAUGUGCUUUGUGCUGCUACCUCUCCUGCAGUGAAGCUCCAUGAUGAAACACUCACAUAUCUCAAUCAAGGACAGUCUUAUGAAAUCCGAAUGCUGGACAAUAGGAAACUUGGAGAACUCCCAGAAAUCAAUGGCAAGUUAGUGAAGAGUAUUUUUCGCGUGGUAUUCCAUGACAGAAGACUGCAGUACACUGAGCAUCAACAACUUGAGGGAUGGAGAUGGAACAGGCCUGGGGAUAGAAUUCUUGAUAUAGAUAUCCCAAUGUCUGUAGGUAUAAUUGACCCCAGGGCAAAUCCAACACAACUGAAUACUGUGGAGUUCCUCUGGGACCCUGCAAAGAGAACAUCCGUGUUUAUUCAGGUACAUUGUAUCAGCACAGAGUUCACUAUGCGAAAACAUGGUGGAGAAAAGGGUGUGCCAUUCCGAGUUCAGAUUGACACCUUCAAGGAGAAUGAGAAUGGAGAAUAUACGGAGCACUUGCAUUCAGCCAGCUGUCAGAUCAAAGUUUUCAAGCCCAAAGGUGCAGACAGGAAGCAAAAAACAGACAGGGAGAAAAUGGAGAAGCGAACCCCUCACGAAAAGGAAAAAUACCAACCUUCCUAUGAGACAACUAUACUCACGGAGUGCUCUCCAUGGCCUGAGAUCACAUAUGUCAAUAAUUCCCCGUCACCUGGCUUUAACAGUUCCCAUAGCAGUUUUUCAAUUGGAGAAGGGAACGGCUCACCAAACCACCAGCCAGAACCGCCUCCUCCACUUACAGAUACUCUCCUGCCAACAACUACCCCUCAGGAAGCUCAACAGUGGCUACAUCGCAACCGAUUCUCCACCUUCUCACGGCUUUUCACAAACUUCUCAGGUGCAGAUUUAUUGAAGUUAACCAGAGAUGAUGUCAUCCAAAUUUGUGGACCUGCUGAUGGAAUCCGACUCUUUAAUGCCUUAAAAGGGCGGAUGGUGAGGCCCAGGCUGACAAUUUAUGUUUGCCAAGAAUCCUUGCAGGUGAGGGAGCAGCAGCAGCAACAGCAGCAACAACAGCAGAAACAGGAGAAUGGAGACUCAAAUGGUGCUUUCUUUGUGUACCAUGCCAUCUAUCUGGAAGAACUGACAGCUGUUGAGCUGACAGAGAAAAUCGCUCAGCUUUUCAGUAUUUCCCCUCGUCAGAUCAGUCAGAUCUACAAACAGGGGCCAACAGGGAUCCAUGUGCUCAUCAGUGAUGAGAUGAUUCAGAACUUUCAGGAGGAAGCUUGUUUUGUUCUGGACACAAUGAAAGCUGAAACCAAUGAUAGCUACCACAUCAUAUUGAAAUAGAAGGAAAGCAUCCCACGCUGGGUAUCUGCUGCUUCCUUCACCUCUUGGAGACACCCCAUCUUACAGAGGGAUGUGGAUAGAGAUUUGGAAGGCUGCAGGAGCCUGUCGUGGAGGUGGGGUGGUGCUACACUCUAGAGGUGGAAUCCCAGCCCUCCUAGCACACACAGAUUUCUGUCUGGCAUGCAGUUUUGCAGCUAUUUCUUAGUUACAAUUUCUGGACUGUGUUGUUGUUGAAUAUUGAUAGAAACCUGUCACAUCAUUUAGGUUUUACGUAGGGCAUAAUGAUGAUGGGAAUUGUGUGUUUAAUUGAAAGACGUUAAAUUUUGUGAUAAUCUGGAGCCAUGUAAUUUUUUUUCUAAUAUAUAAAUAAAAAUGAAUCUAUGUUCCUUAGACCAUCCACCAACCAAUUCCCCCAUGACAUUCCUGCAGUCUCUGCUUUCACUGGAGUGUAUUUGUUCUUGGAAAAGCAGAAUGGUGGAAACUUUGUUUUUUUUUCCCCACAUACCAUAUCCCUUUGCCAUUAGAUUCUUUUGCCACAAUAGCGUGAUCCUGCAAUGCUGUGGUGGCAUGCAAGUUUCCACAGAGGACUGAGGAAACAGCUGCCAAAAGUGGCCAUUAAUAUGAGUAGGGUCAGAGAUGGGAAAAACAAAAUAGAAGUGCUCGCUCUCUCCUCUUUUUUUUUUUUUUUUUUUUUUUUUUUUGGGCACUAUUACACAAUGAUGUUGGCAAGAUUUUGAGCACUGACUGUACUUCCCAAAUUUAAUUUUUCCCAAUGAAGUUCUCAGAUUGUUCUUUUGAUGUAUUGGGCUUUUUUACUCUUUCUACCCUGUGUCUAUGGUUAUGUAGUGUUUUUGAUUGGGUACUUUUUAAGAAAGUCUUUCCCAUGUCAGUAGAAGGAUCCCUAAACUAGGAAUCAAGACCUGGGUUCUAAUCCUUAGCUUUGCGUUAAUUCACUCUAUGAUCCUGGGCAACUUAAUCCUUUUGUGCUUCUCUCUUUCCUCAUCUAUAAAGUAAGGGUGGUAAAUAAUGUAAUCUCCAAGGUCUUUUUUAGUUCUGAAAUCCAGAAUUCUAUGAUCCUGUUUGUAUUCACACCCUUCCCAUAUGUUUUUGUUCUACUUAAAAAAUGAUUGUCUGUGACUAUGGGUAUUCCUUUCUUGUUUUACAUGUAGAUUGUCAAGAAUUCCCUUUACAGAUUGAAUUAGGGCUGAAGAAGACAAUGUUCAAAGACUCUGUAUGGGUUUGGAUUUUUUUUUAAGCACUUGGAUGAAGCUUAAUUGGUUUUUAUACAAAAGAAACUUUUGUCCAUUAAAGUUAUCCUGCAAUGUA